GACCCGGAGCCUUUUGCCUUGCCCGCAAGCGUUUUCGGAAGGCAGAGUCCCCAAGUCCGAUUCCAUGGCAGUGCAUUCGUCAGCUCUAUUACCUCCCUCGUUCAGUGCUGCGGAGCAUUCGAAACACAAACUUCUAAAGCCUCGCUCACUUCCCUCCAGCCCACCUCCCAUAGUCUCACUUCAUCAUCACCGCCGCCAGCGCAAAACAUUGAGAAUUUUGGCCUCGGUGUCGGUCUCCAAACCAGAGGUGUGGACCAGUCCCGAUGAUCUUGUUGCAUCUAUUCUCUCCAAGGUCACACAAACAGAUAGAGGAGUUUUGCUGAAAAAUGAGGAACACGAAGAGGUAGCUGCAGUGGCUGAAGAAUUGCAGAAAUAUUGCGUUAAUGAGCCUGUGAAAUGCCCUCUCAUAUUUGGCGAUUGGGACGUGGUGUAUUGUUCAAUGCCAACAUCGCCUGGGGGUGGCUACAGGAGUGCAUUUGGCCGCCUUGUUUUCAAAACAAAGGAAAUGAUACAGGUUGUUGAAGCACCCGAUAUUGUUAGGAACAAGGUCUCCUUUUCUGCUUUUGGGUUUCUAGAUGGGGAGGUCUCUUUGACAGGAACACUGAAGGCUCUGGAUGAUAAAUGGAUAAAAGUUGUAUUUGAGGCACCUGAACUGAAGAUAGGAGCUCUGGAGUUCAGAUAUGGUGGUCAGAGUGAGGUUGAACUUCAAAUCACGUACAUAGAUGACAAGAUAAGGUUGGGGAAGGGCUCCCGAGGUUCUCUAUUUGUUUUCCAAAGACGCUACUAUUAACUGUUUGAAUUUUGAAAUGUUUAUUACUUUUGGGGAACAUUUAUCUUUCUUUUUGCACUGCCUAAUUUGUAAUAUCAAUGGUUUUGUAUUAAUAGCCUUCGAUUGACAUGCGAAGUCUUUUCUCAA